AUGAGCACAUCACCACCGCUCGAAAGCGGCAUCGCCUUGAGGGACGAAGACCACUUCGAUCCCGACCAUGAUGACCACCGCGACGAUUCCCUGCAUGCGGACGCCGAAUCGCAGAACCUCUUGUCCAACGGCACGGGCGGUGAUGUCCGCCAUGACCCCGACGACGGUGACGACGAGGAGCGACCUGACACCCGGGAACGGUGGGAUUAUCCGCCAAUAAACAAGUAUCGUUACUUUGCCGUCAACUUCUCGUUAUUCAUCCUGGGGAUGCAUGAUGGGUGCAUCGGUGCCCUCUUACCAUUUAUUGAGAAAUACUACGACAUCAACUACGCCGUCGUCUCGACCAUGUUCCUCUCGCCGUUCCUUGGAUAUGUCACGGCAGCCCUGUCCAACAACUGGGUUCACUACAAGGUCGGACAGAGGGGCGUCGCAUUUCUCGGCCCGACAUUCCGCCUCAUUGGAUAUAUCCCCUUGGCAUUCCACCCGCCGUUUGCCGUCAUUCCAAUUCUUUUCAUGCUCGUGGGUUUUGGAAAUGGAAUCGAAGACAGCGCAUACAAUGCGUGGGUCGGCAACAUGCAGCACACCAACGAGCUGCUUGGCAUCAUCCACGGCGCGUUCGGUCUAGGCGGCACGGUCGCACCCCUCAUCGCGUCAUUAUUGGUGGCGAAGCUCGAGUUCCCCUGGUAUACGUUUUAUUACUUGAUGAUUGGUGCCGUCUGCGUCGAGUUCGCUUUCGGCCUCUGGGCGUUUUGGGGAGCAACAGGGGCUCUCUACCGGGAGAAGCUUCGCAAAGAGAGCGACAGCCAUAGAGACGGGGUCACAACGCGCGUCGUCCUUGCUGAGCCUAUUGUCUGGCUGGCGGCCAUCUUCUUGCUGGCCUAUGCUGGCGUUGAGGUCAGCCUCGGGGGUUGGAUCCCGACGUUUAUGAUCGAGGUCCGCAAGGCGGAUCCGUUCCUUGCCGGUGUCACGGCGACGCUCUUCUGGUUCGGCCUCAGCUUGGGCCGCAUCGUGCUCGGCUUCGUCACGGGCAAAGUUGGCGAGAAAUUGGCCAUCACGGCGUAUCUCUUGCUCUGCAUUGCCCUGCAGCUGCUUUACUGGUUCAUCCCAAGCAUGGUGGGCGCCAUGAUCUUCGUCGGGCUGCUCGGCUUCUUCCUCGGCCCGCUCUUCCCGGCGACCGUCGUCGUCAUGACCAAGCUGCUGCCUCAGGCGUACCACAUCAGUGCCAUUGGCUUUGCCUCGGCGUUGGGCGGCGGCGGCGCGACGGUGCUACCCUUUGCGGUCGGCGCCAUUGCCCAGGGCCACGGCGUCCAAGUCUUGCAGCCCAUUGUCCUGGUCUCUCUCAUCUUCCUCGUGUACAUCUGGCUAUCGAUCCCGAGGUCCAGAAAGACGGGAAAGACCAAAGAGGGCGGGUUCUCAAUAGGCGACUACUUGAGUGGGAUGUUUGGGCGCGUGGCAGGGGGGACGGAGAAUUGA